AUGAAGCAAAUCGAGGAAAAUGGAAAAGAACAAAUAAGAGUAUUGAGGGCGGAUGUCGAACUUCUUAAACGCGAGAAUGAAGAGCUAAAGAAGUCGCUAGAGCUAACUGGAAGUGGAAUUUACAGGGCAAUAGAUAAUUUGACUCAAUUCAUCAAUGAGAUUCAGCAGAGCCAGCAAAAGCAAGAGAAGAGACUGCAAGAGUUGGAGAAGCCAGGAAAGCCUUCGUCGCCAGAGAAGAAAUUAAAAGCAAGGUCACAGACGGUUGAUGUUGAGCCCGCAUAUAAUGAAGCAUGCGUAGACGAAUCCCAACCUGCGACGGAUCAACUGCCAGCAGUCACGAAAAUUGAAAGCGGAUCAGCUGACUCUUCUACUCUGAAAAAAGAGGCUCCAUCAACAGAAGAGGAAACUACAGCGGGUGACUCGACGGGAGAUCCGAAGCCGUCUCCUUCCACCAUCAGAAGAGAGGAGAAACGAAAACGAGAGAACCGCAAAGCAACGGUGUCAUAUCUGUCGCCCGAGGAUGUUGUAACAGCCCUUAAACCAGCUAAGGAAAGGCGAAAAAUGAGACUUCAGAGCUUCAGAAAAGCGCUGGAAAACAUAGACGAUGCGGCAAGAUCAACUUUUGGUGGAAAGAAGAAGAAUAAGCCAACAAUCGAAGAAAUAGAGGCCAAAAUAAAAGAUGUUGAGAAGAAAAUCACAGGAGAAGAACCAACUGCUGAUAAAAAUCAAGCUGAAAUCAAGGAAGAAUGCAAAGAGAACACGUCAGUGGAAGCAGAAAAACCAAAGAAUGACGGAAAAUUCGAACGAAUAAAAGCGAGAGAUACCGGCUUCGUCCCAGAGAAAGAAACAACCGAGCCUGAAAAAUUCUUCCCGAGAGUUGGUAGUCUUCGCUCGCUGAAAAGGCGAGAAGAGAUUAUUGAGAAACUAAGGAAAAAGAAAGAAGCCGAGGCGGAAGAAGAGCGAAGACGAUCAGCCCCAGCCCAAAUUAGUAGUCCUAUUCUGAGAACAGCCCCGGAGAAUACUCCAGCAAAUCUUGCUGACAAAUCAGAAGAAAAGCCAGUUACAAAGCCGCGGAGUCCUCGGCCGCAAGUGCCUCCUCCUGAAAAACCAGCUGAAUUGGCAGUUGCUUCUCCUUUGCCAAGUCCACCGCUCCCACCCGAGAAAAAAUCAAUCGACACUAUUCAGGGCCGAGUUCAAUGCUUACCAUCACGUGAGCAUAUUUGUGAACGCUACGUUCUUGCUAAAAAGACACAAAAACAAUCAAAAAUGAACUUUUUAAAGGAAGAACCUGAAGAAAUUGAAAUCGCUCCAGUUCCUAAAGCUCGAGCUUCCGCACCAGUAAUUCUAUCAAGAGAAUCGGCAGCAACUAAAACGAAGGAUAAAGAGAAAGAAGAAAAGCAAGAUGCAAAAGAAAGUGAACAAGAGAGACCAGAAGACAUCCACGUAGGAUUGACUCGACAUGACUACAAGACCUUGUCAAACACGCCGAAGAUGAAAGAAUUCGAAGUAAGCGAAAAGCCGAGUAAGAUCAUCAAACCGCAUGAUUACGAAAUGCCAGUUGCGGAAGUGGCCAAAGCUCGAACACCACCGUCUCCAACAAAAACUUCAAGCAAUAACUCUCCAUAUUCCGUCAAAGUUUUGCCCAAGAAAAGGAUUGGUAGAAUUUCCGCGUUUGACAGUAUUGAAGAAGAACCGAAGAGUGAGCCCCUCCCACCAAAACCUCCACGAACCCCAGAGCCAAAAAUAAUCAUCGAAGAUGACGAGCUUCCUGAAGCUUUUCGACGACCUGUUUUACGAGCAUCCAAGAACAAAUCCAAACCACCAAGGCCAAUGUCAGAAUCAGUCGAUUACAAUCCAGACCUGGUGGAAAAGCUGGAAGGACCUGCCCUCCAACGAGUUCUGUCACUCGGUCCUGGGGAACGAUUUAAACGAUCGAGUAUUCGGCGUAAGAAAUUCUUCAUGGGCGAGACGCGCCCGACCACGAUUUCUAUUGGCCUCCGAGCCCUCUACCACCAGCUAGAAGAACCUCACAACAGAAAAGCUACCAUGCCAGAAUUUACAGACGAUCAAGAGAUACAACAAAACUUCAACCAUGAAGAAGAUUCCUUCAUUGAUUUCGGGCCUUUCGAAGAAGACCCCGAAACCUUUGAAUACAAUGAAAUCGGAAUCGAUCAACCAACUAAUGUGACGGAAGAAUUCGUUCUCGUUCUAUCUGACCUCGCCGGCUCUUCCCCUUCCAACAACGAAAUUACAAUCCCCAUUGAACAGCCAAGACCUCAAUCUGUCGGAUCAUACGAAAUCUACCACAAUCGGACGGAAAGAACUCACCAAGUUAUCCGCCCAAGAUCAUCAACCAUCAACGAAUUUUCGCCUUAUCCCUCGGUCAAUGACAACAGCUCCAGAAAACAACGAAGAGGAGGAAAUCAGUCCCCCGGAGUUUAUAAUGGUCGUAGAAUGACAUACGCAGAACUGAUUGUCGAAGCAAUCAAAUCUUCAAAGGAUUCUAGGAUGACACUUCGUCAGAUUUACCACUGGAUGAGCCGAAAUGUCCGAGAAUUCGGUCCUAACGGUGGUCCGGGCUGUCCCAGUACUAACUCGUGGAAAAACUCCAUCCGUCACAAUCUAUCACUUCACGAAAUGUUCAAGCGCGUUCCGAACCACACUCGAGGAGAAAGUGCUUUCUGGGUUAUUGAUACGACUCCAUCAAACAAUAACGAUAUUUAUUAUAAACAAGAUAAUAACCAAACAUGGCCUCAUGUUCGACCAGAACUCUUUCGACCCUCUCUUACCUGCCCUCCAAAUGUACGACUUGAAGCAAACUAUCAAGUUCCAAACUUCGACAAAAUCCGACAAUCCGCAACAAACUCGUUCUGCCAAGAUUUGAUCAUUUGCGAAAAAUUCCCUGAGCUUGCUCGAAUCAUCUUUCCAAAGAAAGAGCCAAAAGUCGAACCAAUUAUUCGCCUCCCUUCGAUCUCUUUGGACAAUAUUCCAGAUAGCCACAGUGAUAACGAGCUCUUUUCCGCAAUGUUCUCAAAACCACCUUCUGAAAAUGAUUUUUCAUCCUGCGCCAGUCCUUCUAACUCAGAAAUCUUUGAUAGUCCCCAUCCCUCCCCUUCCACUGCUGACGAAGGUUUCGAUAGCAUUUCAACCUUGGAUAACUUUGAGCUCGACGACAUUUGCAUGGAGAGCGAUGUCAAUACAAUUUUCAACAUGUAA